AUGAAGGCGACAGUGUUGUGCAAUAUUGAUUGUUUCAAGCCCACGAGUGCAAUGGGGGUGGAAGCAUCCACCACAGCAGUUAUCAUCUUUUGUCUCCAAUCUAGUUCGUGUUCCUCAACCUCAAAAGAUAUCUUGCGAAAAGGUGGAGGGCAAAAUCGUCAUACACGGGAUACCUCUGUGGACAUGGAUGGGAACAUUGCAGAUUUAGAGAAGCCUCCAAAAGCACCUCCCACGAAGCGUGGUUUUGGUUUUUGCCUCUUUAAGAAAACCACUGAGAAUAUCAGGUCUGGAGCAGCUGUUGAUGUGAUUCAGAGAAUAUCAGUCUCCAUAUGCUCUUUAGUAACUAAGAAACUUGAGGAAAAUGGUGGAGAAUUGCCAUCUUCAGAAAACUCAAUUAAGGAAGAUCUAUCAAGCUUGACUAUACACCUUUUCCUUUAUAUCAAAGAGAGUCAUGGGAUCGAGAAGGCUUUUCAAUUUCUCAGCAAUAUACAUAAAUUACGGGUGGAGUCAGGGGAGGAAGAUGCACGUGUGCUUCACCAUGUGGAAGGGGCAUCUGAUUGUUGA